AUGGGCAAGAAGCGAAAACGCGAGCAAUUAACCCAGGAUGAGGUUUGGGAUGAUUCGGCGUUAUUGAAGUCAUGGCAAGAUGCACUUGAUGAGUAUCAGUUCUAUCAUAGCAUCCAUGCUAAAGGAGAAAACGUGGAAGAUGUCUUGCGCCAGGCAGAAUCGGACGACGCCGCCAAGAACGAAGAUGUCGUACCAGCACAGUCUUUUAAUGAUCCUCCUUCAUCAGAUAGCGCAUUGGAAGAUGGGGAAGUCGAUGAACACGAUACAAUGACCUUCAGUAAGAAAGACACUGGCCAGUCUGGCGACAAUGAACCGGUGCGCUUUGCAGAAGCACAGAACAUUGAGCCCCCUCCUACAGAGAAGAUCGCGGGCAGUGCUUUAGCUUCCAUGGAUCAAGAUCAAAUUCUGGAGAACAUAAAGAUGGCUUACUGGUGGGCUGGGUAUUACUCCGCACUGUACGAUGCGAAGCGAACGGCGACAGAGCCAUCCAGGAAGUGA